CAAGCCUGAAGUUUUUUUUUUUCGUUGGCCGUGCUGCGUGCACAGACAAGGGAUCAGCCAAGGCAAAUGCGUCCAACUCGCUCGUUUGCUGCAUGCAGCAGCGUACUGACCACCUAGCUCUUGCUCACUUUGAAAUUGGCUGCCAACCUCGCAAACAGCACUCGACACCAUGGCCAAGCAACCGUUUUUCACGUUCGAGGACGCCAAGUUCUCCUUCAGUCUCUUUUGCUGCAUGUGCGGCGUUGGCACGUUGAGUAUGCCCGCUAAUUUCGCUCGUGCUGGUCCCGUUUUGGGCUUUCUGGCGACUGUUUUUAUGGCGGCCGCAAACAUUUACGCGUCGGUCGCCAUGUCCAAGGUGCUUCUGCUCGCCCCCAACUCCGUCAACACCUUCAGCGAUCUCGGUGAAUGGUGCAUGGGAAAGACCGGUCGCUGGCUGUGCGUCGUCUCACAGAUGGGCUCCUGUUUACUUAUGCCGUGUGUGUUCCUGGUGCUCGGCGGUGGUCUGCUCGAUGGUCUGUUCCCGGACGCCUGGGACACCACGACGUGGAUCAUUCUCAUGACCAUCACUGUGCUCCCGCUUGCUCUGGUCCCUACGCUGAAGGAAGGUGCUGGCGCGGCUUUUGCUGGCUGCAUGGGAACGCUGAUCGCCGAUGCUCUGGGCAUUGCAAUCGUGGCUCACGGUAUGCGCGACCAUCCGUCCGUGCCUUCACCCGAGCUGAGUUUGUCCCAGGUCACCGGUGCAUUCGGCAGUCUUGCCAUGGGCUUCGGUGCCGGCAUUGUCCUGUCGGAUGUGCAACGUCAACACAGCGACCCGAGCCGCAUGCCCCGCGUUGUCACCGUCACCAUGCUCUUCAUCAUGUGCAUGCUGCUGAUUCUCGGCUUCGUGCCGUACUUCUCGGUCGGCUGCCAGGUCUCGGGCAACCUGCUGUACGUAAUCUACCCGGACGCUGCCACCGGUCUCACCACUCUGGGCUUCGCUCCUAAAUGGGGUACCGUCGUGUUGGCGUACCUGGCCAUGCAGAUGCACGUUACCAUUGCCUUCUCUGUACUGAUUAACCCGGCCUUCUACAUCGCCGAGCGUCUGGUAUUGGGUAUGCACAAGAAGGUGGCGGAGGACAUUGAGAACGGCACGGGAUACCAGGAGUCCGGCACGCCUGUGGACCUGCAGAAGGAUGUUAGCGUGACGUCCAGUCGACGUUCGCGGACGUCCGUGUUCCCUCUUACCGGUGAAGUCAACAACAACCACGAGCUGGAGGCUGCAGAGUACCGUGGCGCCAACGCGAUCAAGUACAUCGUGCUUCGUUUGGCUAUUAUCGUGGUUUUGGUGAUUCUGUCCAUUAUCUUCAAGGACCACUUCUCGGACUUCGUCGACUUCGUGGGCGCGUCGGCUAUCACGGCCAACUGCAUUGUUCUGCCGACGGUCUUCUACCUCAUCAAGACCUGGGAGCACGUCCCACUGUACGAGAAGUUUGGGGCUGGCGUCGUCAUUGUGGUGUGCACCGUGCUCGGCUGCUACUCGACGUACACCGCCGGCAAGAACUUGUUUGCUCCGUCCGAAUCGGACACGCUUUUCCCCUACUGCGAUGCCGAGUUCCAGGAUACUGUGUACUACAACCAAACGGCUUUGUCAUCUUAAGUGUGAACACAACGUAUAUAACUGAUAGCGGAUCGCACUGGGUAUGCUGUUCGCAACAGACAAUAAAUGCUACGUUAUCUCGUCCAACU